GUGAAGACAGCAUCCGUAUUUAAACGCGGUUUGAUUCUGAAUCGGUCCUGUGCGAGUCUGCCAUUUUCUCCUGGGUUUAUUCGGUGUAAAUUAAGUUGUUGAAGAUGCCGGAGGAAACCGCUGUUGCUUCUUCGACCAGUGAAGCUGUUGAAGAGAAACCUUGCUCAUCAUCCAGUACUGCUGAGAGUUCUGUGGAUGUGGCUGAAGAGGCGAAGAAGCUGAUUGGCACUGGGAACAGACACCUGGUCAUGGGAGAUGUUGUUUCGGCAGUCAGUGUGUUUCAGGAGGCUUGUGGCAUGCUAGCUGAGAAAUUCGGUGACACUGCGGAUGAAUGUGGAGAGGCGUUUUUCUUGUGUGGGAAGUCCUUGCUGGAGCUUGCCAGGAUGGAGAACUCUGUCUUGGGUAACGCUUUGGAGGGAGUCCCGGAGGAAUCCUCGGAGGAGGGCGAGAAGCAGAAUGAUUCAAAGAUCGAGAGUGCAGAAAACUUGGAUGAGGAAGCCAGAGAUGAGCUCCGAGAACAGGUUUAUGAUGCCAUGUCUGAGAAGAACAAUUCUCAGGAAGGGGAGCAAAAAAUGGACAAGGAGAACAAAGACGUCAAGGAAGAUGCCAAGAAAGAGGGUGCUGCUGAUGUACAGGAAACCAAAUCCACAGAAAAACUCCCCAAAAGUGAAGAGCAGUCUGCUGCAAAGUCUGAGUCGGACAAAGAUGGUUCCUUAAAACAGGAAGAAGCUGUGGUUACAAAAGAGGGAGAGGAGGAUGCUGAGAAAGAUGUUGAGCAAUCGGAAGAGCAGAGUGGGAAUGAAGAACAGGAGGAGGCUAUGGAGGAAGAUGCUGGAGAUGAUGACGACGAUGAUGACGAUGAUGACGAUGAGGAAGCAGAUGCCAAUGCAGAAGAUAAGGAGGAGGAAGAUGUGGGAAAUCUCCAGUUGGCAUGGGAGAUGUUGGAAGUGGCUAAAGUGAUUUACAAAAGAAAGGAAAGCGAAGAGGACCAGCUAAUGGCGGCACAGAUCUUCUUGAAACUUGGCGAAGUUGGUGCGGAAUCUGGUAACUACAGCCAAGCUCUGGAGGACUUCCAGGAGUGCUUAGCUAUACAGCUGAAGCAUCUUCCUUCUCAUAGUCGUCUGCUGGCAGAGACUCACUACCAGCUGGGCACAACUUUUAGUUACACAGGCCAAUACACCCAGGCCAUCCAGCACUUCAACAAUUCCAUCAAAGUCAUCGAGAGUCGCCUGGCCAUGCUUCAGGAAGUAAUUGAAAAAACAGAAGGCACAGAAGGAGCAACAGAGGAAAAGCGUGAACUCGAGGAGCUGAAGCAACUGUUGCCAGAAAUUUCCGACAAGGUGGAAGAUGCAAAGGAAAGCCAGCGCACAGCUUCUGCAGCAUCUGAAGCGAUUCACCAGACCCUGGGAGGGGCAUCUACAUCCUCGGGAUUUGCAGCUGAAAAUGGCAGCUCAUCUACAGCCACCCCGAUUGCAGUUAAGCCUGCUGAUGGUGCAUCCUCUUCAAAAUCUGCAUCGGAUAUCUCCCAUUUAGUCCGUAAAAAGAGGAAACCAGAAGACGAGAGCCCAAAAAAGGACAGUGAUGCUAAAAAGGUCAAACAGGAGACCACAGUUAAUGGCAGCGCCGACUCUGCCAGCAACAGCAAUGGAGUCCAGGAGAAAAUGGAGCAGGAGGCUGUGAAUUCCUCUGCAGAAGCCACUGCGUGAUUUGAUCUUUCUAAACUGCCCACUGAUCUUCCAACCAGCACAGCAUGCCUGCCUCAAUUCUCUUCAUGAACAGCAUUGUGUUUUGUAAAUAGAACAUUUACCCCCCUUUUUCUGUGUCUGUCCAAAUUUUGUAUUGUAAAUUUUCAAUAAAUAUUUGCAUACGUCAA